AUGCAACUCUCACUCACUUCCCUGGCUCUUUUUGUUGGUGUGGCGCUUGCUAAUCCUUUGGCUCCUGUUGUGUACAAGGAACUCGAGACCCGUCAAGGCCCUCUAAUACCAGAUAAUUGCACGACUUAUGCCAGUGUGAAUGCCGGGACCGUUUGCAUUCACGUACCAUACGAUUGUAAGUCUACCAAAAGAACCUUAAACGAGAAAGCGUGAAGUCGACGAGGAGACUAAUCAUUCCCAGGCACUUCAUUCUAUGAAGUCCAACUAGGGGAGACAUGUCUAUCCAUCGCCGCCAAAUUCAACAGCUUCUCACUAACCCAAUUCUUCAAAUGGAAUCCGUAAGUCUCUCGAUCCCUCUAUGCUCACAUACCUAACAAGUACGGCACACAGGGACGUCGGACAAACCUGCAUCAGCCUCCGCGCCUAUGUCCCCGUCUGCAUCGCAACGCUAUGGUACAGCUUCGUACCACCCUUGAUCCAAUACCCACCCGGAGCCAUCGUCAACGCAACUUCCACCCCGGUCCCCAUCAUGCCCCAGAUCACAGCGUUCUGCAAGACGUUUCAGCUCGUCGGCGAGGGGACUACUGUUGACCAGAUUCUUAUCCAGCAUGGUAUUGAUAUCCAACAGUUUGUGUUGUGGAAUGCAAUGGUGCAGGUACAGAAUCCGGUCGUUUGGAGAGAUUACUUUGUUUGUGUUGAGGUUUGA